AUGUCUUCUUUUUUGCUGAUCUUCAGCUUGAAAAGUGACCAAGCUGGAGCGAUGACCACUUCACUGACAGCAGAGCAGAUGGCUCGAAUAGCCCGGAAUAAGGCAGAAGCUGAUCGUCGCAGAGCACUCAGUCUAGCAAAGUCAAAAGCACAGAUGCAAAGUGUUGUUCAGAAUUCAUCGUCCAACUACCCGAAUGCCUUCUCAUUCAACAAAGAAAAUCCUUCGGCUUCAUCAGCACCAAAAGAUAUUUCCAAGAUCGAUGCAUUUCAAGGAGCAGUGAAUCAGCGGCGACCUCCGACGUUGUUUCAUUCGAGCAAUACGCCGUCUUCAUCAAGCGAGAAUGCUGGGAAGGAUAAUUUUCAUCAAAAACUAGUCGAAAUUGUUUUCGAGAGGGAUCCGUUUUCUUCAUCAGCAGGUCAGCCAGCCGGAAGAAUUAAUUCCACGAAUAAUAGUGUACCAUUAGGUGGAGUUGUCUUAAAUCAUGUGGAUCCAACAAUUUGUAUGCCGCACAAAAAACAGAUUGAUGUGACGUACAGUGUUGUGGAUAGUCGUCGUUUUGCAGUGGCAUUUACACCGUUCGAUCAGCUCCUACCAUCUGUGCUGAAACAGAUUCCUUCGAAGUCCUACAAUCCAGAUACGAGACAGUGGACUUUUUCUAUGGACGAUUACGAUGCCGUUGAAACCAAAUUACUUUCUCUUAGAAAUGCGCUCUCAAUAACACUACAAAAACUUCCUGACAAUGUUGUCAAAAUACUCCGUAAUGCAUCUCACGGUAGGAAUGAAGUCACCGAGCAAAAACUGAACGGUUUUGUUGAUCAAACGAUUUUGGAUGCACUUUUUCCAUAUCAACGAAAGGGAGUGUGGAUUCUCCGUUUCAGUUUCGGUAUUUCGCGUCGUGGUCGUUUGUUGAUUGCAGACGAGAUGGGUUUGGGGAAAACGAUUCAAGCGUUAGGCAUUAUGCGAUACUUUAAAGCUGACUGGCCGUUGUUGAUCGUCUGUCCGUCAUCAGUUAAAUCAGUUUGGAUGAGUCAAAUUGAACGAUUCUUACCAUCCGUAACAAAUAUUCGAGUGAUCGAGAAAGGUAGUGAUAAAUUGCCCUCUGAAAGAUCGCAUAAAACAGUCGUCAUUAUGAGCUAUGAUCUGAUGGUGAAUAUGCAACGAUCACUUCAAGAGUUUGCGUUCACUGCAGUUAUUUUCGAUGAAUCACAUUUGAUCAAAGACGCACAAGCACAACGAACGAAAGCUGCAUUUAACAUCUCGAGGAAAGCAUGUCGAGUGAUUCUGUUGAGUGGUACACCGGCACUCUCAAGACCCGUCGAAUUAUAUUCACAAAUCCGAGUGAUCGAUCAGAAGAUAUUUCCAAAUUUUCGUGAUUUCGCGAUCCGAUAUUGUGAUGGCAAGCAAGGCGUAUAUGGAUUCGAAGCGAAAGGUUGUUCGAAUAGCAGUGAAUUGGCAUGGAUACUAUCGAAUACGAUCAUGCUGAGACGACUGAAACAGGACGUGGCACGUGAUCUACCAGAAAAACGUCGUGAAGUGGUCUACUUGAAUGACGUGGCGGUAAAUGAGAAUAUGUCAAAACUGCGCUCAGCAAAGAAUGCAUACAACGGUGCAAAGGAUAAAGAUUCGAAGCAUCAGUGUCUCGUGGAAUAUUACUAUGAGACGGGCAUCGCGAAAGCAAAAACUGUAUCUGAUUAUAUUAUCAAUACAUAUUUUUGCAACGAUUCUUGCGAUCGAAAAGUUCUCAUAUUUGCACAUCACCAAGUGGUUCUUGAUACGAUCUCGAUGAAUGUCACCAAAAAGGGAUUAAAAUCGAUUCGUAUUGAUGGUACAACAUCAUCGAAAUCGCGAGAAGAGCAGUGUCGUCUAUUCCAAGAGGACGAUAAUGUGGUCGUUGCAGUCUUGUCGAUGACUGCAGCAGGCGUUGGUAUCACGCUCACAGCUGCCACAGUUGUGGUAUUCGCUGAGUUACACUGGAAUCCUGGGACAUUGAACCAAGCAGAAGAUCGAGCGCAUCGAGUCGGUCAAAAGGAUUCAGUCUUCAUCCAGUACUUAUUGGCGAAGAAUACGGCGGAUGAUGUUAUGUGGCCAUUGAUACAAAAGAAACUCGACGUGCUCAGCUCGUGUGAUCUCUCGUCGGAUUCAUACAAGGACGUUGGUAAAGUCGAAAAGAAAGUUGGUAAUGAAAAUAAGGGUGGUAUCAGUGAAUAUUUUACGCAAGCGAAACGCAGUAAGCCGAAUGAAGACGAAGAUCAACAAAAAUAUGGUGACGCAGAAACACCAAUAGAAUAUGGUUGUAUUGUUGCUCAGGAGUCGAUUUCGACACCUGUAAAUGAACCGAUCAUGGAGGAGAAUGAGAUCGAAGUGGUGAUGCAGAAACCACCCGCUGAGCUGGGUUCAUCACAAAAUCCGAUUGUCCUUGGUUUGGCGUUAUCAGCUGCUAAUAAUACCGCCAUCACGGCAAAUAACGAUAAUAAUAAUAAUAAUAAUAAUAACGAUGCAUCAACGUCGACGACUGCAGCCAGUCCAACAUUCGAAGUUCUGGCAUCGCUGAAUCGCGAUUUGCUCGAAGCAGUCUCUUGUGCCAUAUGCACAGAUAUCAUGCAUCGCUGUGUUGUAAUCAAUCCAUGUGGCCAUAAGUUCUGUGCUGGAUGUCUUUCUGAAUGGAUGCAAGCUUCAAAGACGUGCCCUAUUUGCCGUGGAGUGGUUUUGUCGACGAUACGUGACAACUCUAUGGACGUUAUCAUCAAACUUCUUCUCGACGCUAAUCCAGAAAGACGUCGGCCAGUUGAAGAAUUGCAACGUUUGGACGCACACGAUUCGGGAUCAUCGCAGUUGAAUGAUUGGAUUUGCAGGACGUUGCUAGCCGACUUAAUGAAUGUACAUGGUGCGUUGUCGUCGAAUUCUCGCGGUAGUUCAUUUCGGAGAAGGAGGGUGAUUCGAAGGGCGUGA